GAGAAAAACAAAAAAAAAGAAAAUUGCAAGGCUCGCAGCUCGUAGCAGAAAAAAUGCCGACUCUCACAAAGCUGUACUCCAUGGAAGAAGCCGCAACUCACAACAAGCAAGAUGACUGCUGGGUCGUCAUCGACGGAAAGGUCUAUGAUGUAACCUCUUAUAUGGAUGAGCACCCUGGGGGAGAUGAUGUGCUUCUUGCUGUCACCGGCAAAGAUGCAACAGAUGAAUUCGAAGACGCAGGGCAUAGCAAAACCGCUAUCGAACUCAUGGAGAAGUAUUUCAUUGGCGAGCUAGACGAAGCUUCUGCACCGAAAAUGCCAGAGCUUAAGAUCUACAAGAUUGAUCAGCCAAAAGACUCUGUUCAAAAGCUUGUCGAUUUGACAAAGCAGUAUUGGGUUGUUCCUGUUUCCAUUAUCACCAUCUCUGUUGCGGUGAGCGUCCUCUUCUCUCGCAAGAAUUAAGUCUCUUUUUUCCCAGGAGAGAAGAGCUCUGAAAUAUUGAAUUGUUGGGGAAUCAACUUUCCACACGAGAAUUCCCCAUUAUAGAUUUUUUUUUUUUUUUUUGAAUAACAGAAAAGAUAGAUCAAUAUUGUUUUUCACCUUUUCAUCCCGAGGGAUUCAGAUUUUGAGUUGGGAUAUGUUUCAAUGCACAAAUUAAUGAUAUGAUUACUGGAUG